AUGUCACAGAAACCAAAGACAGUAGAGGAGAUAUACCAGAAGAAAACACCAAUUGAGCACGUUCUGUUACGGCCGGAUACUUACAUAGGAUCUGUACAGCCAGAGACACGGACUAUGUACGUAUGGUGUGCUGACAAGAUGAAAAUGGUAAGGAAGGAGGUUACGUAUACCCCAGGACUCUACAAAAUAUUUGACGAGAUUCUAGUGAAUGCAGCUGAUAAUAAGACCAGGGACAAGCGAAUGAAAGAGAUUCGUAUUGAUGUGGACAUAAAAAACUCGACAAUUUCUGUUAGUAAUGACGGCCAGGGAAUACCUGUUGUUAUCCAUGCGAAGGAGAACGUGUAUGUACCAGAACUUAUUUUUGGGCACUUACUGACGUCUUCUAACUAUGAUGAUGCAGAGAAGAAAAUGACUGGUGGUCGGAAUGGGUACGGAGCAAAGCUCUGUAAUAUUUUCAGUACUAAGUUUGUCAUAGAAACAGCAGACAAGAAGAACAAGAAGAAGUUCAGGCAAGUAUACACGAAUAACAUGUUAAAAAAGGAAGAGCCAGAGAUUGAACCAUUCACUGGGGAGGAGUACACAAGAGUCACAUUCCAGCCGGAUUUAGCCAAGUUCAGUAUGAAGAGGAUAGAUGACGACUUUAUGUCCCUGAUUAUGAAGAGAGUGUAUGACUUAGCAGGGACUGUUGGGGAUAUUUCUGUGUACUUUAAUGGGGAGAAGAUUCCCGUGAGUAAUUUCAGAGAGUACAUAAAGCUGUUCUUUGAUAAUGAUGUAGAGAUAGUGUACGAGUCCAAGGGCCGGUGGGAGAUUGCAUAUGUCCUAGGGGAUGAGCAGUUCCAGCACGUGAGUUUUGUAAAUAGGAUAUCCACGCCACGGGGGGGUACGCAUGUGAAUUAUAUUGCAGACCAAAUUGUUUCUGCUGUGGUGGAGCAGGCAAAGAAGGUAGAGAAAGGACUGGUAGUACGGCCUAUACAGGUGAAAGCCAAUAUCUUUCUGUUCUUGAACUGUCUGAUUGAGAAUCCUGCAUUUGACUCACAGACCAAGGAGACUCUCACGCUAAAACAGUCAUCAUUUGGGUCUAAGCACACUCUAGGGAGCAAGUUUAUAUCUGAAAUAAUGAAAAGUGGGAUUGUAGAGAAAUCGGCAUACGCUGCCAGAGCCAAGCAGACGCAGCAGCUUAAGAAGACAGAUGGCCAUAAGACAUCCAAACUCAGAGGAAUUCCAAAACUUGAUGAUGCAAAUAAUGCAGGCACGCGGUAUGCUGCUCAGUGCACUUUAAUACUAACUGAAGGAGACUCUGCUAAAUCUUUAGCUGUGAGUGGUCUCUCUGUCAUAGGAAGGGAUAAUUAUGGAGUAUUUCCUCUGCGGGGUAAGCUUUUGAAUGUAAGAGAAGCCACGCAUAAGCAGCUAAUGGAGAACAUGGAAAUAAACAACAUCAAGAAAAUCAUGGGUCUCCAGCACGGGAAGGAGUAUGCAACCACAGAAAGUCUGCGGUAUGGGCAUUUAAUGAUCAUGACGGAUCAAGACCAUGAUGGGAGUCAUAUUAAAGGUCUGAUCAUAAACAUGCUUGACCAUUUCUUCCCAUCUCUUCUUAAAAUCAAAGGGUUCUUACAGGAGUUUAUCACCCCGAUCGUACGGGCAACAAAGGGGAGCAUGUCCAGGGACUUCUUCACAAUUCCAGAAUUUGAGUCCUGGUGCGAGACAUCUGAAGGCAGAGAAAAUGGAUGGAAAAUCAAGUACUACAAGGGUCUGGGUACAAGCACUGCCAAGGAUGCCAAGGACUAUUUCUCCAAUCUAGACUUCCACAUUAAAGAGUUCAUCCCCAUGGACUCCACGGACAGGGAUAAAAUAGAACUUGCAUUCAGUAAGAAGAGAAUUGAGUCCAGAAAGGUGUGGCUUAAGGAAUUUGUUCCUGGGACGUAUUUGGAUAACAGGGUGCAGGCUAUUUCCAUAAAGAACUUUAUCGAUAGAGAGUUAAUCCACUUCUCACUUGCAGAUAAUAUUAGGUCGAUCCCUAAUGUAAUUGAUGGGAUGAAGCCUGGGCAGCGUAAGAUUAUUUACUGUUGCUUUAAGAGGCAGCUCAAGUCUGAAAUUAAAGUGGCACAGCUGGCAGGUUAUGUUUCAGAGCACUCGGCGUACCAUCAUGGGGAGCAGAGUUUAUGCUCAACAAUUGUAAAUCUUGCCCAGGACUAUGUUGGAUCGAACAACAUUCCUCUGUUACAGCCUAUUGGACAGUUUGGAACCCGUUUACAGGGUGGAAAGGAUGCAGCCAGUCCUAGGUAUAUAUUUACUGCACUGCAGCAAAUAACCAGGUACAUAUUCAGAGAACAAGACGACCAUCUUUUAAACUACUUAAAGGACGACAAUCUAAUGGUAGAGCCUGAUAUGUACAUUCCAAUUAUACCGAUGGUUCUAGUGAAUGGAUCAGAAGGUAUUGGUACAGGAUGGAGUACAUGCAUUCCAUCAUAUAAUCCGAUUGAGAUAGUGGAUAAUGUUAAAAGAAUGAUAAAUGGCCACGAACCCGAGGAUAUGAUGCCGUGGUACAAAGGCUUUGCAGGCGAGUGCGAAGAUUUAGGAGGUGGAAAGUACAGGACUACAGGUACUUUUGAACUUGAGACUGGUAAGAUAAACAUUCUAGAACUCCCAAUCGGUACAUGGACUCAGAACUACAAAGACUUCCUAGAGACGUUAAUAGAGUCCGGCGACAUAAAAGACUUCCGAGAGUAUAACACAGACACUAAAGUAUACUUUGAAGUGAUAGUGUCCAAACAAAAAGUAAAUGUACCAAAGGUCUUCAAGCUCAGCAGUCAAAUAUCAACUGCUAAUAUGGUAGCAUUCAACAGCAAAGGUGUCCUACAGAAAUAUACCAGCCCCAGUGAGAUACUCAAAGAGUUCUACCCCGUACGAAGAGAUUUAUACGUCAGGAGAAAAGACUUUUUAUUGAAGAAGCUGAAUGUUGAAAUGACCAUCCUAGAGAAUAAAGUUAGGUUUAUUAAGGAAGUAGUAGCAGACACUCUAAAAAUAGUCAAAAGAAAGUCUGCUGAUAUUGUUAAGGAACUCACUGAUAAAGAGUACACAAAAAAGGACAAUUCCUACGACUACCUCCUAACCAUGUCAAUUGCCUCACUUACUGUAGAGAGAAUAGACAAGCUAGAGAAUGAGUCAAGCACAAAGAGGAAGGAGUAUAACACACUAAAGAACAUCUCCAUUGAGGACAUGUGGAUAUCUGAUUUAGACGAGUUUUUAAAGCAUCUAGACUUAUCAGUAAAGAAUGACGACAAUCCCAGACCAAAAAGAAAAGGCAGGAAGAUCAAGCAACCCGUAAUUUCCAAGGAAAUCAAAAACAACCCCCAGAAACCGCCAAAGAAUAAAAAGGAGAAGGUUUCAGUCCUGGACAGUGAGAGCGACUUCUCACACACCACAGUAGAUGACAGUAUGACAAGUCCUUCUCACACGAGCAAAGCAAAAGGGAGUAAGAAAGUGACCUCUUCAAAAUCAGAAACCAUGCCAUGGAAUCGAACCUUACUGAGCACAGAUGAGGAUGAUUAAGGACUUAAUGAAAAUAAAGA